AGCUCUCAACCCGCAACUCCUCCUUUGCGGGGCAACAUGGCGCACAUGGCGCGCGGCCGAGCGCAGGUUUUGCCCUGGUUGUGCCUCUUUGCCCUCCUUUUUUCCGCCAGCUUCGUGCUGCCGUUCCGCCCUGCUUUGGACCGCUCUGCUGGCGCGGCUGGCCCGGCUGGCGCGGCUGGCGCCAGCGCGGGAGCCGCGGCGCUGGCUGCGGUCACCGUGCCGAUGCCGGCGCAGGCGGUGGAAGGAGUGUCCAACUUUGAAUUGAUCUAUGGCGGCGUGGCGCUAUUUGGUUUGAUCAUCAUCGUGCUUUUGGACUACUUCGGCAAGAAGUGAGCGCAACGAGAACUUUUUUUGAUCCCUGGGAUCUUUUGAAUAUGUGGAAGGUCUCCAGUUUGAAGCACAUCUGAGGACAGGGCAAACAUGAGGAGUUUCAUCUAAGUCACAUUUGUUUUGACCAAGAAGGCCUUGCCAGUCAUGUGAGGCAUAGACCAUCAUGGGAUUCCCAUCGAUUAGCUCGGCGCUUUCAAAA